AUGACUACUACAUAUCUCAUCACAGGGGCGAACCGUGGGAUCGGAUAUGGUCUAGCACGUCUCAUCCUCGCACGUCCGAACACGACCUUGAUCGCCCUGGUCCGGGAUCCCGAGCACGAAACCUCCAUUUCUCUCCAUGAACUUCCAAAAGCUGAAAACGCAAGCAUUAUUGUACUUCCCUAUGAGGCGAUGGAUCCCGACUCUGCGGUUAAAGCGAUCAUGACAGUGCAGCGACAGUACGACAUAAACCACCUCGACGUUGUCAUCGCAAACGCAGGCGGCAUGUCCUGGCGAGGUCCAACCGUCUCAGUUCCGGCCUCGGAGAUCCACGAUUCCAUCACUUUAAACACGAUCAGCCCACUGCUCCUGUUCAGAGCAUCGCUUCCUCUACUCCAAGCACCAUCUCCGCACCGAACAGAACCGGCCAAGUUCUUCGCCAUUUCCUCCGGCACCGCGUCGUUGGCACUGAUUCCCUCGACGGGCCACGCCCGAACCGUAGCAUACGGACUCAGCAAGACGGCACUCAACCACUUGAUCCGAAAACUUAGCACCGAGUACACAGAUAUCGUGAUUGAAUUGCUGACGCCGGGCCCCGUGCAGACGGAUCUGACGCGCGCGUUCCCGGAAUUUCGGGACUUGGCGAAGAGACCGGAGUUUGCUUCGAGGCUGGUCAAUAUCGAUAUCAGUGUUGCGGGUCUGUUGCGGUGUGUCGAUAAUGCGAGAUUCAAGAGUGAGGGGGAUGAGGGCACUCAUGGUGGUUUCAGAGACUACUCAGGCGCGACUGUUCCUUGGUGA